UGGUGCGGAAAAAAAGGGCAUAACCACUUCAAUUUGGCGGGUGAGUUGGGUUACGGAGGUAGUGAUUAUAAGAUGGGAUUCCUCUCCACUUCGCGCGCUUCUCUCUUUGUAAUUAUAGAGACCCCGGCGUUGGUUGUAUCGGUGGAGGGCCGCUCGCUCCUCCGAUUGUCGAUCCUCGAACCAGUGAGCGCUGCGCCCUGUGAACCCCCGACUCAUUCGAGAUUCGAGAUUUGCUGUAGUUAUCUUGGAUUACUAUUCCUUGCAAUAUCAGUGAUCAGGAUGAGUGAAGCAAAGAUAGAUCAAGAAUCAGGUCCUCUGGGCCUGUGGUUGAACAAAACUGAAUCAUUUGUGAACUCCAUCCAUAUGAAGCUGCAAAGGAAGAUUAAUCUUUCAAGUGAAUUAACUCAAAACAAUAGCUUGGAAGAACAAAAUACAGGAAAUGAUAAGCUCAAUGCUGAACCUCGAGCUGAUAAAUUAAGAAUUAUAAAUGUUCCAGUACUGAUGCUGAAGAUUGGUUCAUGGCAGUGUGUAUCGGUGGGUGAAGGUGAUAUAGCAGCCAAGUGUUUCUAUGGUAAAAAGAAAUUUGUGUGGGAGAUGUUAAGAUGUGGAUCUAAGAAAAAAUUCGAGAUCCAAUGGUCUGAGAUCUCGGCAAUUAGAGCCCACUUCGCUGACAAGCAACCUGACAUCCUAGAAGUUGAGCUAAAAAAACCACCACAACUCUUUGAACUAGUUUCUUCUGAUCCAAGAAGGCACCCCAUGUGGCAACCAAUUCCUGACUUUACUGAAGAUCAAUCUCGCUUAUAUAGGAGACACCAUCUUGAGUUCAGAGAAGGGAGUUUCCGGAAACCUUAUGACAAAUUAUUGCUCGAAAACAAACACUUGUUUAGGUUGAGUCACAAUUUGUUCGAAAACGAUACGUCUCCACUUUUUGGGGUGGUCCGCAGUGGGAUCCAAUAUUCUAGCACCAUCCCACAGUUGCUACACAUGUUCAACCAGCAAACUAAUAACUUGUAUCACUCAUUCACAGACCAUUUUGGUAAUCAGGGAACUACAGAUCUUUCUACUAGGUAUGUUGGCAAUUCUGGAUACAUGGCUCAGUCUUUUGGUGCUAAUUUGCCGACUGGACAACCUGUGCCACCAUUUAGACUCGUUGAUGAGAACAAGCCAAACAAUUUGGGAUGUAUCAGUGAAUCUGUUGAUGCUUAUUUGCCAACUGGUUUUCUGCCACCAACUGGACUUGCUGAUGAUAAGUGGCCAAGCUCAGAUAUUGCAUUUCUGGAAGCAGCUGCUGAGGAGCAUUCUGGAGUUCUGAAUCAUAUACCAAAUAUGGAUAACAGAGCCUCAAGUUCAGGUGCAGUUCUCUGAAUCAUAUACCACAUAUGGAUAACAGAGCCUCAAGUUCAGCCAAUCUGGUGAUUAAUCCUGGCACAUGACUCAAUCUGCAAUCGCAACGGUUGAGCGAUUCUUACUGGAAGGUGACUAGCAAAGUAUUGUUAAGAAUGUGCUCGAGUCAUUGAUGAACAUGAUUCAACCAGGCUCACAACCUGAAACCGUAAACCAUGAACCAGAAGAGUAAGGAUUUAUUUAGAUAAUGAUGUAGACCAACAUCAUAACUUGUGCAUUGGUAGAUUGGUUUAACGUUGUUUUCAGUCUUUGCAAGGACAAUGUGGUUUUAGUUCAUUAUUGCCACAGAUUUAUGGAUUUAUUACAUCUUUGGCAGGAAUUCCAACACCGUCACCAGAAUCUUAAUCUUUAUA